CUAAAGAUAGAGCCAACGCAGCAUGCGCAAGCAGCAGCAGCAGCAAGCGACGGGACUCGAAGGCGACGCGCUCGACCGCGAGCUCGCGUCGCUCAAGCAGACCAUCGGCCUCUGCAACCCGAUCUUCCAGGGCCAUGUCAACGACUGGAAGAGCACGACGAUGGCGUUCGAAGAGAUGACGACCAAGGAGAAGGAGAUCCUCGCCGACCCGCCCAAGCCGGCGUCCAAGGGCAGGAAGACGCGCGUCGACGAGCGCGCGCUGCUUCGCGCCGACCCGAUCGCCAAAGACGCCGACAUUGCAGCCCUGCUCAAAGAAGUGAAUGGGACACCACUCGAGAAAGCGUCGCGCGCCAAGCCGAGCAACAACGACGAGGUGGACAUGAGCGACGGUCGGCGAAAGGACAAGGUCGUGGCGCCCAAGCCCAUUCCAAAGGCGAAGCGGCUGCACAUGAACGGGAUCCUCCACGGCCUCCCGAUCCCGUCCGAGUACAAGCUCAGCACGACGACCAAGGAGGCGUUCGGCUACGACGCCGAGAUGAAAAUGCUCAACCGCGAGAAGGACAUGAGCCACUUCCGGAAGCGCGACACGUACUCCGAGUAUGUCGAAGCGCGCGCCCGCUUUAGCAAAAUGCACAGCGUCACCUAAGCCAAUGCACACGCGUUGACUGUAUACA